UGGAAGCUGCAAUUGCAUCUGUUCAACCAUCGUUGCUGAUACAUUUUAAAAGAUGUAUGAAACUUAGGCUGAGGACAUGGCUUCAGGAGAAACAUAGAAGAGCAAGCAUUAAGCAGAGCCCCCGUUCCUCUGAGGCAGCUGAAGAUGAAAAGGAGCAGCGCACAGUGACAGUCAAUCCCUCUCACAUGAGAAAGGCUUUCAAGGUCAUGAAUGAAUUACGGAGCAAGAGGCUCCUCUGUGAUGUGGUGAUUGUGGCCGAGACCGUGGAGAUGGAAGCCCACCGCGUGGUCCUGGCGGCCUGCAGCCCCUAUUUCUGUGCCAUGUUUACAGGAGACAUGUCUGAAAGUAAGGCCAAGAAGAUUGAGAUUAAAGACGUUGAUGGCCAGACCCUGAGGAAGCUGAUUGAUUACAUCUACACUGCCGAGAUUGAGGUCACGGAGGAGAACGUGCAGGUUUUGUUGCCAGCUGCUAGUUUAUUGCAGCUGAUGGAUGUCAGGAAAAACUGCUGUGACUUCCUUCAAUCCCAGCUGCAUCCCACGAACUGCCUGGGCAUCCGAGCCUUUGCCGACGUGCACGCCUGCUCUGAGCUGCUGCAGCAGGCCAACGCCUACGCAGAGCAGCACUUCCCCGAGGUGAUGCUAGGAGAAGAAUUUCUUAGCCUUAGUCUGGACCAGGUUUGCAGUUUAAUAUCAAGUGACAAGCUCACAGUCUCCUCUGAAGAAAAGGUGUUUGAAGCAGUUAUCUCUUGGAUAAAUUAUGAGAAGGAAUCUCGCCUGGAGCACAUGGCUAAACUGAUGGAGCAUGUUCGCCUGCCCCUUUUGCCCAGAGAUUACCUGGUACAGACAGUCGAAGAAGAAGCUUUAAUCAAGAAUAACAACACCUGUAAAGACUUCCUUAUCGAGGCCAUGAAAUACCAUUUGCUUCCUCUGGAUCAAAGGCAACUGAUAAAGAACCCCAGAACAAAGCCCAGGACUCCUGUUAGCUUGCCAAAGGUGAUGAUCGUGGUGGGUGGGCAGGCCCCCAAAGCCAUUCGCAGUGUGGAGUGCUAUGAUUUCGAGGAGGAGCGCUGGGAUCAGGUUGCUGAGCUUCCCUCACGGAGAUGCCGAGCAGGGGUGGUGUUCAUGGCUGGCAACGUUUACGCCGUCGGGGGCUUUAACGGGUCGCUGCGGGUGCGGACGGUGGACGUGUACGACGGCGUGAAGGACCAGUGGACGUCCAUAGCCAGCAUGCAGGAGAGACGGAGCACCCUGGGGGCAGCCGUGCUCAAUGACCUCCUGUACGCAGUGGGAGGCUUUGAUGGCAGCACUGGUCUGGCAUCAGUUGAGGCCUAUAGCUAUAAAACCAAUGAGUGGUUUUUUGUGGCUCCCAUGAACACAAGAAGAAGCAGUGUUGGAGUUGGAGUUGUGGAGGGGAAGCUCUACGCCGUGGGGGGCUACGAUGGAGCGUCCCGUCAGUGCCUUAGUACUGUGGAGCAGUACAACCCCGCCACCAACGAAUGGACCUACGUUGCUGACAUGAGCACCCGGCGCAGCGGGGCAGGUGUGGGUGUUCUCAGCGGGCUCCUCUAUGCCACUGGCGGCCACGACGGCCCCCUGGUCAGGAAGAGUGUGGAAGUCUAUGACCCAGGGACAAACACCUGGAAGCAAGUAGCAGACAUGAACAUGUGUAGAAGAAAUGCAGGUGUGUGUGCGGUGAAUGGUCUCCUCUACGUGGUGGGAGGCGACGACGGUUCCUGCAAUUUGGCCUCGGUGGAAUAUUACAACCCCAGCACGGACAAGUGGACGUUGCUGCCAACCAGCAUGAGCACAGGGAGGAGUUACGCAGGUGUGGCUGUGAUUCACAAGCCCUUGUGACACACAAUCAAGCCAAUGUGAGGAGCAGAAGUGAAGUGGAUCCAGCUAGGUGGUGUUGGGAAGAUGACUGACCUCUGACUUGACCCAUCUCAUUGCUGUUAACGUCUUAGCAUGACGAGUGAUACGUUCCAAGCAUCAUCCACUCCGUGGUGGAUUGCAUAGCCAAGAGAAAAGCCCUCUGGGGACAUGUUCCAUGCUAGACACGAGGUGUUGCUUGUUUUCUGUGGUGCAAUCAACUGUUCUUCUCAAUGGCGUGUCCUGAGAUAAACACUGUGCUUGGACUGCAGGCACGGAAUUACCUGUGUGAAACAAAACUGCUACGUUUGGGCAUGUGAGUAAAAAUGAACGUUCCUGGAUUUCUUCACUACUGAUGCUCCGUGCACAUUGUUGGUUGAACUCCUUACUCACUGUGCCUGGAGGGUGGACUUCACUACUGGCAGUGGAAAUCUCUGAGUUCCAACUGAGAAAAACAGUCAGCAGAAAUGGACUGGAACAGGGUGCUCUGGCUCGAGUGUGACGCUGUCUCAGUCAUACGUUUGUACAUGCCACUGGACUGCUGUAUGUACCCCUGAAAUGCUUGUCCUAUGGUGGAAAUAAAUACCAUGUGAUUUUUCUACUUGCCAUGGAUGCUGUGUGCUGUACCUGACGGGACCUGCUGGGCAGUGCCUUCCCUGGGGCUGAAGUCUCAGCACCUGAGCCACACCAAACUUCCCAGCCCCACAAAACACAUGCUGCUCCCACGGGGUUUGUUGCUCCUGUGAAACAAAUGUUGCUUGAAUAGAAAGUAUUCCCAACCCACACAUUUCAGCUGUGCUGAAAUCCCCGGUUCUGGCUCUGUCCAGCAUUUCAAUGCCAUUUCAUAAUAGAGCAUUUAGAUGUUAAAAACUACCUUAUGGUGCCAUUAAUGUAGAGACAUUCCAUACAGAGAGAACCCUCUGUCACCCAAGCAGGGAUUAAUGAGCCAAGUAAAAUACCUGCAGUGUUUUAAUGCUUCCAGAGCAUGGAGAUUAACUAAUCACUGUCGCUGUAAUUGCUAUUUUAAUCUUGCCCUUACUGAAGGCAUUCCUCUAUUAGUAUGAAGAACUCAUAAGAUUAUUCAAAACAGACAAAUGUAGCUCCAGCUGCAGGAGAGCUGUCUUGCUUACAUACCAAAUUCUUAAAAGUUUUCUGUUUAAGAAGAUAUUUGACUUUAAAACACUUUGUUGUGUCUCCUUGUGAGCUCUGGCGUGCUUCUGCAUACAGGGGUGGGCUCCCAGAGGCUUCCCAGCUAAAGGGAACUAGUGAAGAAAAAUAUUUUCUCUAGUCUUUUUCUUGUUAUUUGUUGUUUGGGUUUUUUUGUUUCUCUCCCGUAGAUCAGCUGAGGCUUUUUGUUGUGGGCAGCUGGCCAGUGUUUUUCUGCUGGUUUCUGUCUCCAUAGGUCUGUUAUCAAAAAGACUCCCCGUGACCUUCGACAGUAGAAAAGAAAAAUACUUGAAAGUUCGUUUCAGAGGGAUCCACGCUACAUCAUCUUGUGCAGCUUUUGCAGAGGAGUGGGUUACUUCUGUAAAUAUGUAGGUCUUUGGUUGACACAGUCCUGGUAAGAUGGGUUCACUGUGGGGGAAACAGCACCUACCUUUGCUGUGUCACCCCCCCACAGAGGGACUGGCCUUCAUGAGGAAUGUUAGGUAGCUCCCACUCCUCUUUGGAUGUUCUUGUUUUCACAAACAAAGCCAAACUGUCCAAAGAAAAGGCAGUAUUAUUCUUGAUGUCUACCCUUCCAUUGUAUGUCAGCUCAGAAGUCUUAAAAAUAAUAAUUAAAAAAAAUAAAUGAGUCGUUUCUAUAAUGCCCUUUAAACAGUUUGAGUUUUACGAUCUGCAGUGAAACGUGCCAAAAUAAUAGUAUGACAUGCUGCUCUUCUCUGAGGUUUUGCUUACUGUAAAAGCCAUUGAGGCUGGCAGGAAUGUAUCCUGGCAGGAAUGUAUCCCUGACUGCAACUGCCUUGGGAUCAGAGUCCUGAGAUGCAUCUUUACGAUGACAUGAGGAAGGUGAUGAGGCCCCAGUUUGGACAGACUCAAAUUCACUGGCCCGAAAAGUGGUUCUCUUUGAUGCAGCUCGCGGGAAUAAAGGAUAAAAUGGGACAGGUUUUGGUCAGAGGGAGCAUCUCUUGUUAGGCUGAGUGACUGGACAAGGGUGGACAAGCAUUCGGACACACAUGGCCCUUGUUAGAUCUGUACAGACACAAAGCUGGAUAAACUCCUGUAUGAGCUGCUGCAGAGCCCCACUACAGCUCAGCAGUUGGGAACAGUCCCCAGCCAACCCUCUCACACCCGUGGCUUCACUGCAGCAAAGGCAAAUACUGUUCAGGGACUCUGAAUUUCUGUGGGCUGGAGAUAAAAGCCAGUAGGUACUGCUGGAGAGGAGCAAGGUUGAAAUCUGCUGCAGUUGUCAGAUGUGGAAAGUGGAUAUGCCUGAAGGUGGAAUAAUUUUAUCCCCCGCUAUCCAUCUAUUCGUAAGAUAUUUUCCUUAGGAGGAAAACAGGUUUUGGUGUUUUUCUGCUAUUGUAAAAUGGCAUUUCUGCCCACUGCUGGCCCAGACCUGUGGCUUGCUGGACAGGGCCAGGACUCCCAGCCCUUGCCAGGGACGAGUGAUGCUGUUCCCAGCUGCAGCCAGUUCUCCUCGAUGGCAAAUGAUACAUUUCUUUCUCUCCUCCUCAAACAGUUGCAGUGUUAUGCAAGUCAAGUGACCUCGUUUUCCAGCUAUGCAAUACCAACAACCCUAACACGUGAUGAACCAGCUGUAAACCCCACCCUACCCCACCCCAGAAAUGCUUCUGGAAUUUGUCUUUGGCCUGUGGUUUCGUGUUUGUAUUGUUCAUCCUGAGCACCUGAGCCAGAUCCUUUACAGAUUGCCUUUUUCUAGGGACUGAAAACGUAGCAUUAGCGCUAACAGAUUUUACUGUAAAUAUUUUUAUAAGACAGAUUUUAAAUAAUUUUUCUGGAUCGCUUUUUAUGGUCGUCAGUGACAAUUCUGUUAAAUCCUGGGUCUAAUUCUUGCACUCCAGUGCGGUUUUUGCUGGCUGUGGUGUAGGUGUGACUCUGCACGUUCUCUGCACAAGAAAUGCCGUGUUGUAACUGAGAUCUGGGAUAGCUCUUGUGUUGAUUCUAACCUAUGAGAAGGACAGCACUGGGCUCCACAUUAUGAGAUAAAUUCAAAUCCAUUACCUCAGUCACCAGGACACUCUUAGAUUAUUAUUUUACGAUGAUUUCAAUACUCUGAUUUAAUUUACUUGUGCCAUGUGUUUGGUUCCCAGUCAGUUUGGGGGACAAGCUGUCACUCGACCAUCCUCUUCCUUGGCUCCUGUGUGAGCUGCUUGAAGAUGGAGAUGCUCUGCCCAAAACAGCGUGGGCACAACCCCCCAGGCUGCCAAAACCAGCCAAAUUAUUGCAGGAGGCUUAGUAAAAGCUUUACCCACCAAACCUGGGCCGCUUCCUCGUGUUGGUCCUUUGUGAAUAUGAAAGGCUUUCCUCAGCUCCUGUUGUCACCUCUUUUUGGGAUCACCCUGUGCUUGACCCCCUGUGGGAUUUUCUGGCCUUGGGUUUUCCCAAAGGUGGUUUUGCUGUUGCAGAGGAUGCACCCUGGGGAUGUGCCCCCCAAACCCCACCAGCAUCUCACAUUAGAUGCACACGCUGCUGGGCUUGCAAAGCAGGAUAGAUUUGCCUCAAGCAAUCUGUUGUUUGAAAAAGUUUGAAUCAAGUCCAUCUUUUCCAUUUGUGCCUAAUAGAUAAAUUGGGGGUGAUUAAAGCCAAUUUUCACUUCAUUCAGUUUACCCAAACACUUUCUUUGUACAGAUGUGUGCAGCCUGUAAUUACCAUAAAUACACUUGGCAGCGUUUGCGUGACACCACCACGAAAGCUCAGCACUGUUCUCUGGUUUGCAGUGUUUGGAGACCAAAAUCCUUAAUACCCAGCGAGGUGCAAUGCCUGUUCACCAAGCUAACAUGAUGGUUCAACAGCUAGAUUAACCUUUGGGAUUGUUACUAAUAUAUUAUCAAAGCAGUUGCCCCCUUGGUUUAACAUCAUGCCCACAAAUCACAUUCUCAUGAGCAUAACUCGUUGCUCAAAGCUGCAGUGUUGGGAGUGUGUUAGGUAUUACAGUCUGAAUAUGGGCUAAUUCACUUUUUUUCAUCUGCUCUUCUCUUGUUUCUGGGUUUAUAAAUUAUUUUCCUCUGCAGUGACAAUAAAUAAAUAUUGAGAAUUUUAAUUUGUAUAUUUUAUGUAUAAGAAGACCCUUAAGAGUAAUGAAUGAUUGUGAAAUAAUUUACCUGGGUGUGAAUUUUUUUGGUUUUGUAAAACAGCCUUUGUUGGUUCAGUAGCUGGCAGUAUACCAUAAUGAGUCAGUAGACUGUUUAAGCUUGUUUUUUAAAUUAAAGAUUUUUUUUGCAUGAGUGUGGAGGACCAAGGACUUUGCAAAGUAAUUCUCUUGACAGCUGUCUUGUCCAGUGUGACAAAUGACUCCAGAAACAUUCAUAUUUAUAUUAUGAAAGAAAAUCACACUGUAGUCCCCCAUCAUUUAAUUUGAAUAAAACCUGAACUAAUGAAA